AUGUUGAUGCUAGCCACAACCUCACCGAACUUGUUGUCGGUCUCUCCUCUGCCGCACAAUGACAAUGAAACAAAGUCUUCUAGACCCUCAAUUGGCUGCUUCUUCUCCAAACCCUCUUCAAGAACCUCUCUGUUCUCUUCGAAUUUGGAUCAUUCUUGUGCCAAAUUUCGUGUUUCAGCCUCGGUCGCCAUAUCCACUAACAGUGAAGUUAUAGACAAGAAUGCCAAGAUUAGCAAAUACUGUGAAAUGGGUAAUCUAAAAAACGCCUUGGAAUUGGUAUACGGGUCUAAAAAAUCCGAGCUUGAUUUGGAGGUUUACUGCUCCGUCUUGGAGCUCUGUGCUGGACUUAAGUCGCUGCAAGAUGGUAAAAGGGUUCAUUCAGUUAUUUGUAGCAAUGGCGCAGAAGUUGAUGGACCUUUGGGUGCAAAACUUGUUUUUAUGUUUGUAAAGUGUGGGGAUUUAAGAGAAGCUAGGCGAGUUUUUGAUAAAUUAUCAAAUGGAAAGGUUUUUCUUUGGAACCUUAUGAUCAAUGAGUAUGCAAAGGUUCGUAAUUUCAGGGAAGGAUAUGUACGAGAAGGUGAAUGGGUUCAUGGGUAUCUGUACAAAUUGGGAUUUGGUUCUGAUAACACAGUCGGUAAUUCGCUAAUGGCCUUCUAUUUUAAGAAUAGAAGAAUUGAAAGUGCACGUAAGGUGUUUGAUGAAUUGAGUGAUCGAGAUGUUAUAUCGUGGAAUUCAAUGAUAAGUGCAUAUGUGUCCAAUGGUCUUGCGGAGAAGGGGGUUCAGAUUUUCAGACAGAUGCUUUCUUUUGGGGUAGAUGUGGAUUUGGCUACUGUUAUCAAUGUUCUAAUGGCUUGUUCAGAUGGUGGAAAUCUUUCAUUGGGUAGGGCGCUUCAUUCUUAUGCAAUAAAAACUUGUUUGGACAUGGAUAUCAUGUUCUACAAUAAUGUUCUAGACAUGUAUUCAAAAUGUGGCGAUCUGAGUGGUGCAACUCAAGUCUUUGGGAAGAUGGGUCAAAGAAGUGUUGUGUCAUGGACUUCAAUGAUAGCAGGGUAUGUCCGAGAAGGGCUUUCAGAUGAGGCGAUCGAAUUAUUCUCAGAAAUGGAAAGGAAUGGUGUUAGCCCAGAUGUUUAUACAAUCACAAGCAUACUUCAUGCGUGUGCUUGUAAUGGCUCAUUGAAAAAAGGCAGGGAUAUACAUAAGUACAUUAGGGAACAUGUCAUGGACUCCAGUUUAUUUGUCUGCAAUACUCUCAUGGAUAUGUAUGCGAAAUGCGGAAGCAUGGAAGAUGCUCACUCGGUUUUUUCUAAUAUGCCUGUGAAGGACAUUGUCUCGUGGAAUACCAUGAUAGGAGGUUACUCGAAAAACUGUCUUCCCAAUGAAGCUCUUAAACUCUUUUCUGAGAUGCAACAGAAAUCAAAACCUGACGGCAUGACAAUUGCGAGUGUCCUUCCGGCUUGUGCCAGCCUAGCAGCUCUAAACAGAGGUCAAGAGAUCCAUGGCCAUAUAUUGAGAAAUGGAUACUUUUCGGAUCGGUAUGUUGCCAAUGCACUUGUUGACAUGUAUGUCAAGUGUGGGGUACUAGUUCUUGCACGAUUACUUUUUGACAUUAUUCCCAUAAAGGAUCUGAUUUCUUGGACUGUGAUAGUUGCUGGAUAUGGCAUGCAUGGAUUUGGAAGGGAAGCUAUUACCGCCUUUAAUGAGAUGAGAAAAUCAGGAAUAAAACCUGACAGUGUUUCCUUCAUUUCUAUACUUUAUGCUUGCAGUCAUUCUGGGUUACUUGAUGAAGCAUGGAGAUUCUUUGAUAGUAUGAGAAAUGAUUACAGCAUUGUUCCAAAGUUAGAGCACUAUGCUUGUAUGGUGGAUCUUCUUGCCCGCACUGGGAAUCUAACCAAGGCAUAUAAGUUUAUUAACAAGAUGCCCAUUGAGCCAGAUGCAACUAUUUGGGGUUCCUUGCUCCGCGGUUGUAGGAUCCACCACGAUGUAAAACUAGCGGAGAAAGUCGCAGAACGUGUUUUUGAACUAGAGCCAGAAAACACAGGGUACUAUGUACUUCUAGCAAAUAUUUAUGCAGAGGCAGAAAAGUGGGAAGAAGUGAAAAAGUUGAGGGAGAGGAUUGGUCGGCAAGGCUUAAAAAAGAAUCCAGGCUGUAGUUGGAUAGAGAUCAAGGGAAAAGUUCAAAUCUUUGUCGCUGGAAAUAGUUCACACCCACAAGCCACAAAGAUAGAGUCUCUAUUGAAGCGUUUAAGAUUGAAGAUGAAGGAAGAAGGCUAUUCUCCUAAAAUGCAGUAUGCUUUGAUAAAUGCAGAUGAGAUGGAGAAAGAAGUGGCUCUCUGUGGGCAUAGUGAGAAGUUAGCCAUAGCAUUUGGGAUACUGAACUUGCCACCUGGGAAAACCAUACGGGUGACCAAGAAUCUACGAGUAUGCAGUGACUGUCAUGAGAUGGCCAAGUUCAUCUCUAAGACAUCUAGGAGGGAGAUUGUUCUAAGAGAUUCUAACCGCUUUCACCAUAUGAAAGAUGGGAGUUGUUCUUGCAGGGGUUUCUGGUAA